AUGGAUGUGGCCACAUUUGGAUCUUCAUGCUCACCUUGUUCCCUCCAAUAUAUCAAGAAUCUAAAUGCCAACGAACACGCCCAAACUCAUCCUGUAGCGGCAGCCGCGGUGGUAGCGAACCAUUACGUCGACGACUAUCUCGACAGCACAGACACGGUUGAUGAAGCAAUACAACUAGUCUCAGAUGUAAAAACUGUCCAUGCUAAUGGUGGAUUUGAAAUUAGACACUGGCUGUCCAGUUCUCCAGAAGUCCUCGAGCGAGUGGGGGGAGAGAAUUCAGAUAAAAUGAAACCCUUCGUACUAGAUAAAACCAACGCUAUUGAACGGGUUUUAGGCAUGGUCUGGCUGCCUCAAGAAGACGUAUUUUCCUUUUCUAUCGAGCUGCGAGAUGGACUAGCACAACUAUUACUAGGUGAGAGAAUCCCUACGAAAAGAGAAGUCCUGAGCCUCGUCAUGAGCGUGUUCGAUCCGUUGGGGCUAGUGGCAGUUUUCCUAAUCCACGUCAAAGUAAUGCUGCAGGAUAUAUGGAGGGCUGGAGCCGAUUGGGACGAUCGUAUAUCAGCGCAAUUACUACCACGAUGGAAACAAUGGAUUUUGCUGUUACAGGAUCUGCGAAGCAUCAAAGUGCAAAGGUGUUAUUUUCCGGGAUACCGCCCCAGUACGUAUGAUACGUUAGAACUUCACGUGUUUGUAGACGCCAGUGAGACAUCAUAUGCUGCAGCAGCUUAUUUUCGCGUGAUUGAUGGUGAUGAAGUUCGGUGUACCCUGGUACAAGCAAAAACUAAAGUCGCACCACUAAAACCGCUGUCUAUUCCACGCUUGGAAUUACAAGCUGCGGUUAUUGGCACUAGGUUGAUGAAAUCUAUCGUGUCGAGCCAUACGCUACAGAUCAAACGUAAAGUAAUGUGGAGUGACUCGAACACCGUCUUGGCUUGGUUGGCGGCAGAUCCCCGAAAAAGGACGCAGUUUGUGGCCUUCCGAAUCGGAGAAAUUCUAGAAAAUACAGAACUCGGUGAAUGGAAAUGGGUGCAGUCGAAAUGGAAUGUAGCGGAUGAGGCCACCAAAUGGGGCAAAGGACCUUGUCUGAACAUUGAUAGUCGGUGGUUUAAGGGCCCAGAAUUCCUGUACAAAGGUGAAGAAUGCUGGCCCAGAAAUAAAAUGAACGUUCCAGACACUACUGAGCUACGACCAAUUUACGUUCAUCCGCAUGUUGUUGCGAAACCAGUUGUGGAAUUUUCAUGUUUUCAAAGUGGGAGCGGUUAUUGCGCGCUGUUUUAUUCAACGAUGCCGAUACCCUAG